UUCGUUAGCUCUGUUCGCGUUUUUGCUUUCCCACCAGGGAUUAGCAUAUCUCCUGGAUAGAGCGUGUGAGGGUCAUAUAGAGCUUGGCUUAAAAGUUACCCUAGGCACCGACGCUCGGGGAAUGGACACAGCGUGGAUGGCUAGCUUAUACAAUAGUGAAAACAAAUUUAUAUGCGGCGGAACUCUUAUUACUAAUCUCUUUGUUUUAACAGCAGGGCAUUGCUUAGUUGACAAGUUACGAUUCGUGCGCCUUGGGGAGAAGGAUAGAUCUUGCAAGACUUCGAAUUGUGAAGUCGUAAGAGAGUAUACCGUGAGCCGGGUUAUACCUCAUCCCCGUUUCCGUCCCAAUUUUUUUCCUAUUGUGUAUGAUAUAGGACUUAUUAAGCUAAACGAAACAGUGGAUUAUAAUGAUUCCAUCCGGCCCAUUUGCAUUAUCGUGGAUAGCGCUGUACAUUUUCCGAAUAACAUUCAAGGUAGGGCUUACGGCUGGGGCAAGACGAAUUCUUCCGCACAGGUUUUCAGCGAUAUAAUUAUGAGCAUCACUCUAACUCGGACAAGACAGAAGAAUUGCUCCUACCUGCCUGUUAAAAAUGACCAAUUCUGUGCGGUAUCAUCUAACGGUGGCGAUACAUGUACUGGCGACUCCGGGGGGCCAUUGGCGGCGGAUUACGUGUAUCAGGGGACUAAAAGCUACGUGCAGAUUGGCAUCGUAAGCUUCGGUUCACCAAACUGUAAUAACAAGGGUGUUUACACAAAUGUGGAGAGCUACCAAGACUGGAUUGUUGAAAUGGUGGAAAAAUACAACGAUACCCUAUUAUUUGAGGAGUGCAGCAGCCAAAUGCACGGGGUUUUUGCAGUGCGCCUUUGGGAGGUAUCUCUUCGGAGCACUAUCAAAGGCACCCUGAUCACUGACCGAUUUGUGUUGACUGUCGCAAGAGAUUUGCGAACAGAUGCCACUACAAUAAUCGCUCGUAUAAAAGACUCCUAUGUUAGUGUCCUUAAGAUCGACAAACACCCAGAUUACUCACCUUCAAAACCAAAAAGGAACAAUAUAGCUUUACUUGAACUAGCACAAAAGAACUAUUGA